AAAACGGUAAACAGACCGCGAGUCAAGCUAUCACAAAUAGCCAGGCUAUACGAAGUUUUAGCAAGAGAGAGGGAAUCACUCUUAAUGCGACAAUGUCCUCGGUCCAAAGUAUGAGACAGUUCGUCUGUGAUCGACUAACGGCGGCUGCUCAAGAGAUACUGGGAGCCUUUGAAAAGAACACAGAAACGUACGAGGCGGAAAUCGCUCGUCAACGCAGACUUUUGGAGUCAAUCUUAACCCCUGAGAUAAAGUUACAUCGGGCAGAGCUCACACAGAUAUGUGUCAAUAAGGAGGAGGUGGUUCACCUAAGCCAGCAGGAACUCUGGAAUGAUGAGACAAACUCCGGUUCAGAGCCAUCCGAUCCUCCACAGGUGAAAGAGGAACGCGAGGAAAUGCGCGUCACUCCGCAAAAAAAGCAGCUUGUGCAGCACAGGGAGGGUGACGCCCCUAACUCCACCCCGGCCUGUGAGGAAAGCGUCCACAGGAAACACUCUCAGCCGUCGGACCCCAACCAAAGCGCAGCAAAUAAAGAGCCACAAUGCAGUGUCUCAAACAAAGACGUGACUUCUGAAUCUGUCGGGGACAGUUCUACUGUUUCUGCUCCGACCAGUGACCAGCAGCUCCUGUCUCACAACUCUAGAGAAGCCGGGGUCCAAGCUCAUGUAACUUGUAUCCCUGAAUGUGUAACAACAGUUAUACACAUUGAGUCAACAUCAAACAAAAGCAGAAAUGAGGGACACACGACAUCCGCUGCAAGUGUGGAACCAACACUCAACUGUAGAGAUAAUCAUACGUCCACAACAUCAGCUCAAGGCACAGAGCUAGGCGAUGAAAACCCAACUUUAAAAAGAAAUGACGAGAAAACGCCAAAGAAAGAGGAAGAAGUGCUGAGUACUGAGCUGGCACCAAAUAUAAAACUCAGUAGUGAGAAUCAAACAUCAGCUGCAUGUACUGAAACAACACAGCAUAAGAAAUGUAACAAUGGGAACACAACAUCACACGGAGAGUCUGAGCCAGCACAAAAUAAGGCCACAUCAUCAGCCGAUGGAAGUACAACAUUGACAGUAAGUUCUGAGCUUACAUUGGAUGAGAGCCAUAAUGUUGAGGACCCAACUUCAAGUAAAAGUACUGAAACAAUAUCGAAGAAGAAAUGUGCCGAAGAGACCACGACAUCAAAUGACAGUUCUGAGGUAAUGCCAGCCAAUAAAAGCAACAAAAGGACCACAGCAACAGCUAAAAGUAGUGAACAAACAACGAUUAAGAAAGGCACUGAGAAGACAUCGACAACAAGUGAAGGAACCGAAAGCAAACUGAACGGGGAAAGGAAUGCUGAGAAAGGAAUAUUACAAAGAAAGAGUAAGCCAAUACUAAAGGAGAAAAUCUCCAAUGGGAGAAAAAUGUCAAGUGAAACAUUAAAGAAGAAGAGUAACGAUGAGAAGACAAGCACAACACCAGCACCUACGAAGAGACGCAAUAGUGUGAAAACGUCUUCUGUUGAAAGUGUUGAGCCAACAUCAGCCAAAAGAACAAAACAAAGCCAAAAUAAGAAAAGCAGCGAUGGAAAAAGAACUUCAACAAGGACUAAGACUGCACAAAGCAAGAAACCGAAUGAUGGGAGCACGACGUCAAGCGCGAGUAAAGAGUCAACAGGAAAUAAGAAAGCUAACAAUGCAGCAACAACGUCUACGAAAUCAAAGGCAUCAACCCCACCAGAGACAACGGCUCCGAAAUCAAAGGCAUCAACCCCACCAGAGACAACGGCUCCGAAAUCAAAGGCAUCAACCCCACCGGAGACACCGUCUACGAAAUCAAAGGCAUCAACCCCGGACGAGACACAGGACGAUGGGAUCGCAACAUCGAGUAAAAGCGCUGACCCACCACCGAAGGAGAAGGACACAAACUCAUCUGAUAGUGUCGACAACGAUGAUAAUCCUUUCAAGUGUGACCGGUGUGGUAAAGUGAUGAGUAAUUUCAAAAACUACAAAUUCCACAUGAAGUCACACACAGUGGCGAAGACGUACAAAUGCGACAUUUGCGGGACAAUGUUCAGGGAGAGUUGGGAUUUAAAUAAACACACAGUGAUCCACACUGUUGAUAAGCCUUUCAAUUGCGACGUCUGUGGAAAAGGAUUCAACCGGCAAUACAACCUCGAUCUGCAUAUUCGGGUACACACCGGGGAAAAACCGUACAGCUGCAAUGUCUGCGACAGAACCUUCACCUCGGGCGUGAGUUUGAAGAAACACAUCAGGGUUCACACCGGUGAGAAGCCGUACAGCUGCGACGACUGCGGAAAGCGGUUCGCAAGCGUUUCGUCCUUCAAGAACCACCUGCGCGUGCACACGGGAGAGAAGCCCUUCAAGUGCUCCGUUUGCAAGAGAGAGUUCGCUACAAGGACCACUUUGACGAGGCACAUCAGGAUUCACACAGGGGAAAAGCCGUACAAGUGCAGCGUGUGUGACAAGGCGUUUGGUCAUAAAACGGACAUGAAAGUGCACAUGAAAACACACACUGGGGAGAAGCGUUACAAAUGCAAGACUUGUGGAGAACAAUUCACCACAUGGUUAAAACACAGCAGACACAGAGACUUCCACAGAAGCGAGGAACAAGGCUCCUCAUGCACUUAAGUGUAAAUUCAAAACAUAACCCUUUGUGUUUGCUGUAAGAACUAGAGUUGUCACAAGACGCACAUUUUAAACUUAAACGUUAUACAAGUUAAAAAUUGGAGCCUGAGCGGUUAAUCGGCCAGCCAAUAAUAUCGGCCGAUAUUAGCCUAUCGAGUGACUAUCUGUACCGGCUAAUUUUAUCGCAGAUAUGCGUUGAUAUUUGUAAAUUUAUUAAUCCAGUCAAAUAGCAUUUCAGUUGAAUAUUGUUGUAUUAAACUAGAAUUUCUCUUUCUGGCUGUCACCAGAAAAGUGUACUGUAUGGAUACAACAUUAUCACUCUCCAGAGUGUCAAGUGGUGAUGCACGUACAUGCACAGUGACUUUCUAGUUGUGUUUGAUAACUGCAUUUGAGGGAUCAACACGUUAAUGUGUAUAUCUAUCUCUAUGGCUUGAAGAUCGAUCUAAGAAAGAUAUCGGCCAGUGUAUCGGUAUCGGAUGAUUUUUCUCCCUAAUUUCGGCCCCAAAAACUCCAUAUUGGUCGGGCCCUAUUAAAAAUCAAGCAAUAACGUUAACCUGUUCUGAUACCACGGCAACAAAAAUACAAUUCUCGUGAGCCUGUUAAGUCCUCCUCACUACUAAAGGUUUAGGGCUGAGAAGCUCUGUGAAUAACUUUCAUUUUUUACCAGGAUCAAGUCUUAUCUUAAAGGGGACAUUUUAAGAAAAUGUCUGUUGAUUGUAUUGGACACAGCACAUAAUGAAAUGUGUUUAAGUGUCUUCUGACCUUAGUAUUAUUGAUAAACUUUUAGGUUCAUGGUGGGUGUACAUUGUUUGUUUUACAAAAUCAAGUAAUGACCUUGAUCGUGGGCUUUCAUGUUUUUCACUUCCCUGGAUUAAGGCAAAUUGCCUAUAGGCAGAUAUAAUUGAGUUUCCUGUUUUUUUCAAGUCUUAACACGACCUUAUCUGAGGCUCUUGAACGCAAUACUGUAUAUUACAAUAGUACCUUCACGAUUAAGGGUUUUAGACAAAAAGUUGACGUCGGAUGAAUGUAUUUCUCUUUUAGUGUCUUAAACGGUUCGAUGAAAAGCCUGUUAAAAAUUGCAAAGCAGUUAGCGCUGUCUUCUUGUUGUCUCUUUGGGCAAUCUUUUUAAUGGUAUUGUCUUGGAUUUUAAUUUGUAUAAUAAGUUAUAAGUCAGUGAAAAGGUUUUUUAAAGAGAUUUGUCAAAAGCUUUAUUUCUGGACAAGUGUGGUUCUGAUUUUUAUGUU